AUGUCUGAUUUACAAAACCUCAACGAAACACAUGUACCGAAGUGCUUUUAUUCGCAAGACAACCACAGCUCGUCACAAGUGUCAUCCACCGCGGCAUCAUCGGUACGAAGUCCCAUGCUUUUCGCAAACUAUUCAGAGAGCACAGAAUUCUUGAGGCUAACUCCUGUGAACAUCAAGAAUCUCACCUCGCCUAUCAGGGCUCCUAGAGAGCUGGCGCAAAUGGGCAGGGAGGAAUCUGCCAGUUUCACCGCCUACAAGGAGAACUUCAACCUUAUUACACGAAAGCUAGAAAAGCUUCUUGAUGAGCUCAACGUAAUUUACAAAGAAAUUGGCUACUCGAACACGCAGAUUGCGUCUAAGGAGAAGCUCAUUUUCAAUAAUAUCUCAGACUCCAUCACUGGUUUCUUCGAACAGGCUAACCAGGAAAGGGAGAAGAUAACAUCUGAAAACCAGAUCUGUCAGCAGGUUCUCCAAAGAAUACUACAGGUCACUAACGACUCCAAAGGAACGUCAACAAUUCCAGAUCUUUACACUCGAAAUGUUAUCAUAUUGGGCGACGCACAAGUGUCCAACAACGGCAACCCAAGCUCUCCCAAAAAGCCAACAUCACUUCUGAACAAACAGAAGACUCUAAAGAAAGCCAAGGGCUAUGUCAUCAAAACAUACAUCCCUAAGUUGUCUUCAUUUUUGGACAGUGUAAUGAAACUGAAAUCUUUAGUGAACACCGUGAGUGACUAUCAGCCAGAAGAACAAGAGUGGGACGUUGAAGAACUACUCUCAGUAAUUCCGCCACUUGAAACAUGCAAGCUAUACAAGAGCUUUUUAACUUCAUCCGUUCAUGAUGUCGAUAAGAUCUACGAUUUCAUUGUCCAGAACAGACAAGCCUUGCUCAGCACCAUAAACUUCAAUGACAUAUCUGAAAAAAUGGUCGGCCGAGUUGACACCUUGUCUUCUUUAUUCGAGAAAGAGUUCAGAUCGAGGAUGGACAAAUUGCAUGAGACGGGUAAAGGAAUACUUGAUGUUCUCACGAUUCUGGGCCUGACUCCGGAAGGUGUGCUUGAAGAUAGCGUGGCAAGAGCACUGCGACAAGUUUCAGCGGAAAGCAGUCAAAAUACCGAAGAUAUGUGCUUUUCGACCAAUGCGUUAACGAAACUCGAAGAAGUACAGAAGCAUUUUAAAGAGAUUGAGCAAAGCCGCAAGCAAGCAAAAGAGAAGCUUCAGAAAAACUGUAGUCAACUGUGGGAAAAGCUAAAGAUUCCUUCAUCAUAUAUCAAUAAGUUCGAAUCGGAUAAUGGAAACCUUUCUGAUAUGGCACUCAAGAACUUUACUGAGGAGCUUGACAGGCUUCAAGAGAUGAAAAAGAAAUUGAUCAAACUUUUGAUCGAAGAUUCCUGGGCGAAGAUUCAGCAACUGUGGUUGGCAAUGCACUUUACCGACCGUGAAACUUCAGCGUUUAAAGAAAUGUAUGCGUCGAUGACUGCGCGCUCAGCAACCUUAGAAGAUGAUGAAAAACUACUCGAGACUUGUGAGGCAGAAAUAGUGGAUCUUGAAAAGAGGUUCUCGCUUUACAGACCUAUUCUAAAAUUGAUUGAGGAAUUCAAAUCUCUUCAAAAUGAUAAGGUGGCUUUAGAGAAGAGCAGCAAAGAUUCUUCAAGGCUUUUGCUUCGCAAUUCGCAUAGGAUUCUUUUGGAAGAGGAAAAAACCAGAAAGCGCAUAACGAGGCAUUUUCCAGAUGUCAUUCAAGACCUGAUACGAAAGCUUAUCAAAUUUGAAGAGGACUCGGGCGGGCCUUUGAUGAUCGAGGGAUCACGGUUUCUUGACGUCGUUCUCGAGCAGGAGGAGGAAAUAAUAAGCAAAUACCCAAGGAGCAGAGUAAACUCGUUUUUCAAAGGACCAACCGUUUCCUAUAAUAAUUCAUCUAAAACAGCAGCUACUAGGCGCUCUCCAGUUAAGGAUUUCACUCAACAGCGCAAGGUCCCCAAGACCUUUAGACGGUCUACUGAGAGGACACCAAUGAGAACGUCAAAGCCGGGACCCAUUCUUGGGCCAUCAGACAAUAGCACAAACCAAUCCUUUAACAGAUACAUGAGAGCAACAAGGAUGUCAAGUCCUAUUAGAGAGCUGGACCACGACAUGCGAGCUGUGGUGAACAUGCGCAGUAGUCCCACGAAAAUCCCGACGCUCAACCGCAGUGCAACAUUCCCGAGAGAAAGCGGAAUGCCUGGUACUUCUCGGGCUCCAAAAGGAACAACCAUCAACUCAACACGGCUCAUGCAAAUUUCACCGAAUAAACUCAACAGAGUCGAAUCAAACCUAGGAAAAACAAGGCAUAUCAGAAAAGCACCAAUGAACCUAAGCCAAAACUCUUUGGGCGCAAAACUUGAAGAAAGUGGAGCAAGCAUCGACAAGGAAAACAACGUUUUGUUCAUGCUGAAAUCGCCUGCAAAGAUCAAGAGUAACUCGGUUCUCGCCCAACAGCCGCCUUCAAAAGAACAGGACGACUCAGUCUACAGAAUCACCAAAUCCCCUGAGGGGAAGUUUACCCUCAAUGUUGAGCAGAAUGACGCCGACAAUGGCUUUGGUGAGGGGGAAGACACAAGCAUAAUGGCGGAUGAUGAAAAUUUCGCCAAAUGGAAAACGGAGAGACUGGCUAAAAUGAAUGCCACGCAAGGAGACAUGGGGGACGCCCCAUCAUGCAUAAACUGGGAUACAGAUGUUUUUUGA